AUGGCCAAAAUGGACUUCCACGAGUCCGUCCUGGCCCACCACGAGUCUCUCGCGCGGAUGGAGAAGGCGAGAGAACUGCCCCGGGACCUCAACACCCUCAAGACCUGGUACUUUACCCGCCUCGGGUCCCAGGCCGAUCAGACGGCCCUCCUGGGCGUCUACAACACUCUCGUCUUCGACCUCGGCCUCGGAGACGGCCAGCUGCAGAGCUGGUUGUCGGACCUCAAGAUGGCGCGCAAGAUCGAGGACGCCUUCGCGGCCAACGCGGCACGCAUCCCCCCAGAGCGGAUGAUGUGGUUCAUGGAGCACAGGGCCAUCUUCCGGUGCGAUCAGCACGGCCACGACACGCCCGUUUUCCGGUUCGACGCGUAUGAGAGGCGCAAGAAGUGGCCGGCCGAGUGGAAGGGCCUGGGCCGGGCUGAGAUCGAGCUGGCGAUCGACGGGACCGAGGGCGGGUCGCAGACCGUGUUCGAGGGGCCGCACGAGAAGGAGGCGUGGCUGCUGGAGAUGGCGCGCCGGUGGAGCACCGGGGAAUAUCCCGUUUGA